CAGGGCUCUGCUGUCCUGCAGCUGCCAGCACCUGCUCUUGUUUCUUGUUUCCACAUCUGGAUUAAUUUUGGGGAAAAGCCUCACAGAAAGCUUUUGGUUUGGAGGACCUCUGCUGUCAUCAUGUCAACAGUUGUCCAGGUCGAGCCAGUCAUGGAGAGGACGUAUGGAGGAGUUGGACGCUGCAAGUGCUCAUUUUGGUUUGCAGUGGCCCACGACAUACUCGGUGUGUUCAUCAUGAUGGUGGGGGUGUUUGGAGGCCUGAUUAUCCACGACUUGUUCAUCUACGCCGGGGCCAUCAUCAUCUUUCUCAGCCUGAUCUGGUGGGUGUUCUGGUACUCCGGGAACAUUGAGGUACCUCCUGAGGAGCUGGAGGAUGACGUGGGCUUGAUGAAACUGAAGAAACGUGGAAUAAGCCGGGCUGUGAGGCGCAUGUCCGACCGCCUCUCCAAUGGGCUCAGGAACUCUUUCAGAAGGAAUGGUGGACCUUUCAGAGAGGGCCCCACGGGCAACAACACAUCUUCAAACACUGGACAGCCGCCAAGCACAGAAUUUUCGCUCUCCACUAUCUUUGACUCCUCCUUUACCUCCUCAUCAAAAGAACUUGUGAGAGAGCCGCUGUCAAUAUGAACUAACCAUCAAAGACUUUUAAUAACACCAAGAGACUCUAAGCUUGGAUAAUAUUUGUGUCCUUUCUCAUUAGUUUAUUCUGUUGAAAAGGAUUUUGUGUUUGCUCUGCUAAUAUGCUAAUGAUUACACAGCAAUGAAGUCUUGUCUAGAUAAGAUCCACAUGCUCUUAUCUACCUGAUAAGGUUUAAACCUUGCACCAUAACACAGUGCUGCAAAUGACCAUAGCUUUCUCGUUAGUCGGUAUUUUAUUAUAUUUGUUAUAUAAGGAUAUGUUAUCUGAAGGAUGUUUUUUCUUGUUUAUUAUAUAUUAUAUAUAUCUAAAGAUACAUUUAAACUUCACACUUACUAUUUAAUCAUCUGUCUAUAGAUAAAGUACAGAAAAACUAAACACACCGGUGAUGUGAACGUGUGUUUUUUAUUUCAAUAAAUAUCUUCUAUGAAGCAAAUGUAACCUAAAUUUCCUCUGGAGCAAUAUCACUUUUAUUAUGAGGCCACUUUUGAGGACAUUACAUAGAGUUACAUUCAUUUCCUAGAGACUUACUCAAACCCUAACCUUAACCACUGACCCAAAAUUGGGGACACAGCUUUUGUUCCCAAUGAACUGGUACCAAGUCUGAAAUUUGUAACCUAUGAUAGAUACACUCACUCAGGCAGUUCCCAGGAUAGAUAGUUGCAAGGCAUCUAUUUUAACUUGUAAGCAAAAUACAUAUAAAGUUAAUCUAUUUCUGCCUUUACACUGUUUAGUUAAUAGGUGUUCAAGUUCGUAAAGUUUUACAUUUUUGUUUGACUUAAAAUGCAUAUCAGGCACACAGAUCAUGAACCAUGUCCCAGUUAUAUAGCAUGCUUAUCAUUGUUCCAACUUCAUGACAAUGCCAACAUAAAUCAUCUCUUGAUUUGGGUCUAUUCAUUCCGCUUGGGUACCAGUGGUAAUGAUUAAGGAUCUUGGUGAAAUGCAGUACAGCUUCAUUCCAUUGUUGUUGUUCAGUGUAUUCCACCAAUAUCUGUCUCCCAAGACAAUGGCACGUCUGAUGAAGUCAUAGAAAAUUGAUGUGCCCCCGCUCUUUAAGGCUGACAUGUUGUAGUUGGCUUUGAAUUUCAGAGACUGUGUUGAGACCAGAUCUUAGCAGUGAGAGGUGGCAAUGCCUGAGCUGGAGAGACAGAAAUCUUUACUUGCCAGAUUGUAAUAUUGUUAUAAAUACUCAAAGAUAAAUGUGACCGUCUUCAUAUAAGUCCCUUAAUUACAGGAUUCCUGCUUUAGUCUCGUUAGUACCAGCAGAACAGCUUGUUGGCUAUAAUCUUAGAGUUAAACCAUACUGAUGUUUCAGAUGUCAAAUACAGAUAACUUUUAACAUAACUGUGUGCCAUUUUCCAACUUUCUCUAGAAAAUUCUAAUACCGGGUUAUGAACCGGCAAAGACCGACCUGUCUGUGUCACAAAUGUUUGAAUAUCAGGGGCUCUGUAAGGGGGUUUGAUGCAUUUUGACAGCCGUGCAAGUGAGAAUGAGCAAUGAUACCAAUCUAACCUAUAUGAAGAGAGAGUCCCCUGAUGUCUUUGAGUAUAGUUUAGUGCAAUUAAAGAAAGGCUAUUUCCCUUGACAUCUAAACAAUUCAACACAUUUAUUAAAUUCUUUGAGGAGCUGUUCAAAAAGGCAGAGUGGUAUCACAUGCAGUAAUUAUGUAGUUGACCUUUGGUAUUAUAACCAUUUUUAUUACAGUUUCACUUAAUUGCUUACACACUAAAACUGGGCCUGUUAACUAAACAUCCCAAACCAUGACACCGUCUACCAAAAUACAGAAAACUAUAAACACCAUCACCGUGUUUUCACUCAUGUGCUCAUUGAGAAAGCACAGGCAUUCAAUAACAUUAA